CGUGCUACAUAUGUCGCAGAUUAUUGACGUCAUCUCUUUUGCCAAAAGUCUUCGGAUCACCAGAGAAAACCACGCAUUCAGCCUGCUGUUGAGAGGUUUAAGUACUCUGACGGAGCCUUCUGCAUUAAAAUAAUGUCUUCACUUCUCAAAGUUGACAAGGAAGUCAAAGUCAAGGUGGAUGCGUUCAGGGAACAGAUUACAGCAGAGGCAGAGGACCUUGUCGCAAGCUUUUUCCCCAAGAAGCUGCUGGAACUAGAUGCCUUUUUGAAGGAACCUAUAUUAAAUGUACAGGACUUGAAGGAGAUUCAAUCUGAGCUCAACGUGAUUGUGCCUGACCCUGUUGUUUUCACCAACAGUCAUGACUGCAUGGAUGUGCAAAAUGCCAAAAAGAGAAAACUGGAAGAUGGAAUUGGAGAUGACAACAUCCAUGGCUCCAAAGGCCUUGCAGUGCCAGGAGGCAUGCUGAAGUGUAACGCUCGGCUGGUCGACCUGAUAGAGCGAGUAAAGCCAGAGAUUCGCACUCUUAUUGAGAAAUGCAACACCGUCAAAAUGUGGGUUCAGUUGCUUAUUCCCAGAAUAGAAGAUGGCAACAACUUUGGUGUUUCUAUUCAGGAGGAGACGGUAGCUGAAUUAAGAACCGUAGAGGGAGAAGCUGCCUCAUAUCUGGAUCAGAUAUCCAGAUAUUAUAUAACCAGAGCAAAACUAGCCUCAAAAAUUGCCAAAUAUCCACACGUGGAGGACUAUCGACGCACUGUGUCUGAAAUUGAUGAGAAGGAGUACAUCAGCCUCAAGAUAAUUGUGUCAGAACUGCGAAAUCAAUAUGUGACGUUGCAUGAUAUGAUCCUGAAGAACAUUGAGAAGAUCAAGAGGCCGAGAAGCAGCAACAAUGAAGCCCUCUACUGACCUUUGACCUUUGACCUAUGUCCAAGCAGUUCUGCAGGUUCCUUGCUUAGGGGUCUCUGUGCUGUGGAUGGUCACCUUCUUUGAGGUGGUGGACUCGUGAUACUAAACUUGAGCCAGAUACAGUUAUGGCUCCAAGGCUGCUUAAAAACCAAACCUUUUGAAAAUACAUACACAAACACAAACAUUUCUCUUACCCCAUUUCCUCAAAUGUAGAUGUAACUCAUGAACUGAAAUGGAAAGUCAGCCUGUAACUGCUGGGUCUGUCGGAUCAAGCUGGCUUGAACUGGACUUUAUGUGGCACCACCUCUUGUGUAGGAGGAUGCAUAAAAAUGAUUUAUUUUCUUCAUUGAAAGUAACCAUGUAUGUUCAGUGUCAUUGCUUAGUGAAUCUGCCCAAGUUUUAUUUAAUAUUUUUGUUACUUUUUUCCUUGUGUGUCUCUGUCUGUGUGUGUGUGUGUGUGUGUGUGUGUGUGUGUGUGUCUGUGUCUGUCUGUGUGUGUCU